UCUGGCAGCAUUGCUCUUGGUCCAUUGUCAACUUUUGACAAACACCUGCUUAACCUCAAACUUUCAUGUGCCGGGAAUAUUGUUUUUCUUAAACAUUCAUUGUUUAUGGUGUCAUUUUCCUGAAUCUGAUCCAAAGGAAACUGGCAGAACCGAGUAUUUCACAUGGCUAAUGACAUUACGUCCACCCCUGAGCAUUUCUACCAGGAUGCCGCCAAAUAUUGGUCGAAAGUGCCUGCUACUGUGAAUGGCAUGCUUGGCGGCCUGGGCAGUGUAUCAACUACAGACAUCCAAGGUUCCAAAACCCUUUUGAAGCAACUGUUGAACUCCAAGUUUCCGCCAGGUAGAAGUUAUGCCCUGGAUUGUGGUGCGGGCAUUGGAAGAAUCACCAAAUUUCUGCUGAGUGAGUUAUUCGACCAAGUGGACAUGGUUGAGCAGAAUGCAGCCUUUUUGGAGACAGCUGAACUAUAUUUGGGACAGUCCUUAAUGGAGCGAAAGGUGGGCGUGAUGUUCCCUGUGGGAUUGCAACAUUUCGCGCCAGAGCCUAAGAAGUACGAUGUUAUUUGGGUGCAGUGGGUGCUCGGCCAUUUAACUGAUGACGAUUUUGUUAAAUUCUUCGUUAAUUGCCAAAUAGGAUUGAGACCCAAUGGGGUGAUAGUUGCCAAAGAAAACAUAACUUCAACCGACGAUGUGGAUGUGGAUGCGACCGAUUCGUCAGUAACACGGCCCUUGGGUGUACUAAAAAAGUUAUUUGAUCAAGCAGGAUUGGACUGUGACAGGCUGGUCAAGCAACAAAACUUUCCCAAAGGUUUAUACGCGGUUUACAUGUUUGUUUUAAAACCGAAAAUUGAUGUUCCUCAUGCUACUGAAACGCUGAAAACUGUUGAUGGUGUAAGUGACUAGUUCAAGUAAACUAGCUAUUGUGAUACCUAAGGGCAUUUUCUCUGCACUUUCUGUUACUAGUUGAGUAAGUAUUGCGUUUGGCUACAGUCUCAUUCAUGAGUUUCAAUCCGUUUAAUAUUAAUGUUGAAUCUUAACAGUAAAACUGGUCACUGUUAUAGUCAUUUCCAGUUUUCUUGGUUUCGCGAUGCAAAUUUUUUAUCAAAAAAAUUACUAGUAUUGAGACAGUUUUAAGGUAAGCGCGCAUUUACGUACCACUAGUCCGUAUUUUGGCAUUAUUCCUAGUGGGACGUUUAUGCUGGUUUAUCCCAAUACUUCCCAAAGUUUACUUUGCUUACGAGCACAGUAUCGGACACUUUUGAAGGAGACAAAGUCUGCAAAGAGAACAGUGUUCUUGGGAUCACUCUAUUCUUUCUCUAUAAAUUGUGUUAGACAGAAGAUGCUAUCAAUUACUGAUCGUCCGUUUCGUUCGAUCAAUGCGACCAAACACUAUCCGUACGAUACCAAAGCAAUAAAUGCGCGCUUGUCUUCAUUAGUUGGGUUUCUGUUGCUCAUGUUGUAGACAGAAAUAUUGUAGGUUGAGGGCAUCGGCAUCGUUGUUUUUUGAACAUUUCCUGGAAACGUUAACUUAAUCAUAAUCAGUAAUAGUAUGUAAGUUUUAUUUAUUUUACUAUCUUUCUAGUCUUUUUUUAGUGAAUGUUUUUAACUGGUCCGGCGCAGCCUGUAAACUAAUAUUUUGGACUAAACUUUUAUGUUUGA